AUUGUGCUCAAUUCCAAUACCUUCCUUCUACAUUUGCAUUUCUUUCUCUUGCGAUAUUCAUAACAUAUAUAGCCUUCUUGAUCAUUGCACAAUGUUGAUCCAAGUUAUGGAAUUUCAAUCAUUUAAGUCCAUUCUUCUUUUGUUACUACUUCUCUGCCAUGAAGAAGUUGUCAUGGGGGGCAGACAAAUAAAAUCAACGGAAAGAACAGAAUCGAAGCAGAGCAGUCCGACUCUGAAAUCACAGAAUGGUGGUUUUGGUCAUUCGGGUGCAGUUGAUCGGGAGGAUAAUUUCCGCCCAACAAAUCCUGGUGACAGUCCGGGAGUCGGCCAUCCACUUAAUGCAGAAGUGGAGGACGUCGAGCAUUCUGUUAUGGGAUCUACAGAUGAUUUUCGUCCCACAACGCCAGGUAACAGCCCAGGGGUAGGACAUUCUCUUGCUGACAUUGAACCAGUAAGCUGGAGUCCCCCUAGCAUUGAUGAUUUUCCUCCCACAACACCAGGAAAUAGCCCCGGAGUUGGACAUCAUUCUCACGCACAAGACAAGCGGGAGAAUGAUGAAAAUUUGGUAAGCAGUAGCUGGAGCAGCACUGAUGAUUUCCGCCCAACAACUCCUGGUGACAGUCCGGGAGUCGGCCAUCCGCUUGAUGCAGAAGUGGAGGACAUUAAGCAUUCUGUUAUGGGAUCUACAGAUGAUUUUCGUCCCACAACGCCAGGUAACAGCCCAGGGGUAGGACACCAUCUUGCAGACAUUGAACCAGUAAGCAGCAGUCCCCCUAGCAUUGACGAUUUUCGUCCCACUACACCAGGAAAUAGUCCCGGAGUUGGACAUUAUUCCCACGUACAAGACAAGGGGGAGAAUGAUGAAAUAUUGGUAAGCAACAGCUCGAGCGGCACCGAUGAUUUCCGACCUACAAAUCCUGGCCACAGUCCUGGUGUUGGCCACUCUGAUCGAAACUAAAAUUUGAACAACAUAUGUUGAGCUUUUAGCCCCAUUGGUAAGGGCACUUCAAUUUUAUAGUAGUAGGAAAUGUUAAAACUAAAAGCGACAGAUUUCCCAUGAGUGUGAGUGUCAGAAGGCAAUGACUCAUUUAGUUAAUCGUGUGGAGAUCAUGAGGACUAGGUGCUGCUACAGAGAUUAGAGUGCGGUUUUUGUCUCUUCCCUGUCAGUAGCCCUCAGGAAUGAUGUUGCAACCGCCAGCCACCAUCCUAUGAGAUCCAUGGAAGGACUUCCAGAUACUUUUCGACCCACCAACCCCGGCCAUAGCCCCGGUAUUGGUCAUGACAUCAAAAACUAGGAUAUAUUAAAACCUGCACCUUAAGUUUAGUCGUUUGUAUUGUUAGUUCAAGGAUAGUUAUUGUACAAGCUGCAAGUACUUACUUCACGAAUGCCAUUGUCAGGGUUAUGCUGUUGUUUCCAUAUAUGGUAUCUAGUCUCUGUAGUGGCUUGUACGUUGUAUCCCUUCUAAUUCUUAUCAACAAAGUCUGCUUUGUCUUCAUUGUCUUAAUGCCUAAUAAACUUCCAUGUAUAUA